UUUAGUAGCAAAUAUCAUUAUAACAAACAUUCUGGAGUCCACUGCCAAGUUGGAUAUUAAUCUCAGCUUUGGUUUGGAGGGUUCUGACGAAGAAAGCGUUUCAUACAAGAGAAGUAACAUCCGCAGUUUUCUGUCCAAGAUCUCGAGGGUCAUGGAUAUGACGAUAUCUGCAGACACUUUCAAGGUCAUUCAUCAGUACUCAAAAUUAGAACCGCUGCCUCAAUUUGGUUACAUGUCACGCCUGUGCCUCGAUAGUCUCCAUGCAUCCGAACUGAAAUGGUUGACAACAACAUUUCUUGAGAGUUGCCCAAAUCUGAAAUCUCUCGUUUUGGCACCAUGGGAUUAUGAAACUGAUCUGCGCUCUGAGGAGAUGAAUCAGAUCAGUUUGUCAUCUGUGCCCAAGUGUUUGCUAUCAUCUUUAGAAUCUGUUCAUUUAAAAUUCUCAUUCCUAGCCGAAGGAUAUGCUGUAGCAUUUAAGCUAGGGAAGUACUUCCUAGAGAAUUCGGUAGUCCUCAAGAAGCUCAAUUUGCAUUUGUUAAAUCAUCCAAGAAGAGAUGACAUCUUCGAGGAAUUCCUCAGAUUCCCUAGAGGCUCUACCGAAUGUGAGGUCGUCGUUGUCCUUUGAUUGGUAGAUGAUUAGAGGUUUUACGAUUUUUGUGUAGAGAUAACGCGAAUAUGAGUAGUAGUUUCAUGGUUGGUUUGGCUUUUCAGAUGAUAGUGAUAUUAACUAGCGUUGUUAUUUUCCUCAUUGGUUUCUGAAUUUCAUAUGACCUUAGUUAAUUGUUUUACGGAUUCGUCAAUCCCAUCUGGCUAGACCCAUUUUCUCAUG